UAGUGAAAAGCUUUUUCGAAAAAUUCUGGUCAGUGAUGUCUAAAUUUUUUUAUCAUCUCUAUAAUGGGCUCGAAUCCAAGUAAACAAAAUGGAAAGCGGAGUCAAUCUGCUGGAGAAGUGAGAAUCCUUGCAAACGGACACGUGCCCCCUCGCCGAACUGUUAGCACACUUAGCCGGGUGGCGGAGUCCACGGGUAUAGAGAAAAAGAAUGCAGAGGAACCAGUUAUAAAAUUUCCACAUGAGGAAUAUAAAGACGGAAAACUUGGUAUUACGAGUAAGGACACUAUAUUGGACUACCUAGACUCUCUAGAGGAUGAUGAAUUGUUCUGUGACCCAGACUUCAAUGCAGACAGAUUCGCCCUCUUUUAUAGUGACAGAGAUGCAUCCAGUUUCCAAUGGAAGCGCCCUAUGGAUCUGGUUGAGGAGUGGCAGACACCUCAGUUGAUGGUGGAUGGUGUUACCAGGGAUGACAUAAAACAGGGAACUCUGGGAGAUUGUUGGUUCUUGUCAGCAUGUGCUGCAGUCUCUCAGAAAAAAGAGUUCAUGAAAAAGAUAGUUCCUUCAGAUCAGCCCUUGUGUGGUCCUGGCUAUAAAGGUAUGGUCCAUUUUCGGUUCUGGAGGUUUGGAGAAUGGGUGGAUGUGUACAUCGAUGAUCGUCUUCCUACAGUUAAUGGAAAAUUAGUGUACGGGAGAUGUACAGAACCUCAGGAAUUCUGGGUAGCCCUCAUAGAGAAGGCAUAUGCUAAGUUACAUGGGUCGUAUGAGGCUAUCGAGGGGGGACAGGCCAUGGAUGCUUUAGUGGACCUGACAGGUGGAAUACCCCGGUUAUACGAGAUACAAGACAAGGAUCCUUUCCUUUACAGGAUGAUAGAGAAAGCUCAACAAAAACAGGCCUUCAUCACAUGUUCUAGAAAGGGAAAUUGGAAAUUAAGCAAUAAAGCUGAUCCCAAUGGUUUAGUGUCUGGUCAUGCUUAUACUGUCACAGAAGUCAGAAAGAUACAACAUGUGAGAGGAGAGGAUAAGUUGGUGAGGGUCAGAAAUCCAUGGGGAGAUAACAACGAAUGGAAAGGAUCUUGGAGUGACAGUGAUGUUAACUGGACCUGGGUAGACGAGAAGACCAAACAAGAGAUUGGGCUUCAGGCGAAGGAUGAUGGGGAGUUUUGGAUGUCCUACAGAGACUUCUGUAAACAGUUCCAGGAAGUGACCAUUUGUCAGUACGGACCAAACUUUGAUGGAGAAAGAUCAAGGGAUGAUGUUGGAUGUUAUGUUUGUGUCAAGGGAAGAUGGGAAUGUGAUAUAAAUGCUGGUGGAAGCCGAAAUGAUCUCCAUAAAUUUGCAACAAAUCCUCAGUAUUUACUCACACUUCCAGAAGCAGAUGAUUUUGACCCAAAGAAAGAUGACCCUGACCUUGAGGGGUUAUGUACCCUUGUCAUUUCCUUGAUGCAGGAACAUCGCCAAUCAAAACGAAAUGUUAAAGUCAGGAAGCUUCAAAUAGGAUUCAUUUUAUACAAAACAGAUGAACCAACAAAGAGAUUAUCUGCUCAGCAUUUUCGCUAUAACCCUGACAGUGGUAAAUCAGGGGUGUAUAUAAAUUACCGCGAGGUCAGCCAACAAUUUGAGCUCGAACCAGGGCAUUAUAUUCUCAUACCUUCCACAUUUCACCACAACGAACCAGCUGACUACAUGAUACGAGUGUUUGGUGAGAAGAUGUUUUCUCUAGAUGGACCAUUGGAGUGAUAUUUCGUAUGUACAGCCUUAUAUAUAACAGCUGAGGAAAUAAAGAAAUCAUUCCACUUAUCAAUUAAACCUUAACAUUCCUAUAGUUGAAAUUUUAGUGCUGGCAAUAUUUUAUAAUAUGUUUCUUGUAUAGUAUGUAUUGUUCUGAUGAAAUAUUUAAACUUGUGAUUUUUAGCUGUGUAUUUUUA